CCAAUCUUCACGCAAAUCAAGACACCGUGAGUGGCCAAAACUCUGCUAACAGACUUCAGAAAUGUCGUUCGAGAAAGUGUUAAAACGAGGCGACGACUUUCUAGGGGAGUAUCCCAGAACUGCCAGCUGGUGGAAUGCUGCUUCGCAUGGAACCUGCCUUAUGAUGUUGCUUGGUCUGAAGGUGCUUCUCAAUUUGCUCUACAAACCACAUCUACACCACGUAGAGAGAUUGGACAAAGCGUUAGCCAAAGCGCGGGCCGAAAAUCGUGGUUUCCUCACAGUAAUGAACCACAUGUCUGUAGUGGAUGACCCUACCUUCUUCGCUGCUUUACCUAUGAGAUACCAUUUGGACGUCGACGAUAUCAGGUGGGGUUUUGGUGCCCACAACGUCUGCUUUUCAACUCCGACAACGUCGUGGUUCUUCAAUUUAGGAAAAGUUUUGGGUACCAAAAGAUUUGGUGAAGGUCCGUACCAGGGCUCUGUAGACGCCGCCAUCAGAAUCUUGAGUCCAGAUGACACUUUAGACUUGGAGUAUACACCUGGAGUUAAAGAUGUAGAGAAGCCUGUGCUAUUGCAAGAGAUCAACAAAUUAGCUCCGGGUGCCACAGCAGCUCAAGAUUCAUCUUUAGUAGCUAAGUUCGUGAAGCCAAGCCCAGAAUCGACAAAUGUACUUAUGUCCAAAUCACCUUUUAUCAGGUCCAAAACAUCGUGGUUCCACGUUUUUCCCGAGGGAUUUGUUUUGCAAUUGAAGGAACCACACCACAACUCGAUGAGAUACUUCAAAUGGGGUAUUUCCCGUUUGAUUUUGGAGAGUACUAGAGCUCCAGUUGUAGUGCCCGUUUUCUCGUUUGGAUUUGAGAAAAUCGCACCAGAAGACUCAGCAGAUAAAGGCAUCCAGAGAUGGUUGCCUGACAAUUUGGGAGCAGAGGUUCACAUUAGCAUAGGAGAAGAGUUCCCACCUGAACGUAUAGAAAACUACAGACAAGAAUGGAGAGAUUUGGUAAAAAAGCACAUCGAUCCAGAAAAUCCCAGCGAUUUAUCUGAAGAGUUGAAAUAUGGAGAGCCAGCUCAACAAUUAAGAUCAGAUUUGGCUGCUGAGCUCAGGAACUCGGUGUUAAACAUCAGAGAGACAAUGGGUAUAUUCCGUCCAGAAGACCCUCGGUUCAAGGAUCCGAAGUUCUGGAGAGAAUACACCUCCACCGAGGGCUUGUGUGAGCCUAACGUAGAAUUUGUGGGCCAGAAUUGGGCUAUAAAACGAUUGCAAAAACAUCUUCCAGAGUACAGUUUGGAAUAGAUAGCUUGUAUAUAUAAAAAAACCCGCUGUACACGCGAGUAACUCUGCCAGGACUCUCGUAUAAUGAACAUAGGACUAGGCACCCAGAUACCACUAGGUAUCCAUUUAGAACAGCCAUAAUAUACUGUAGAUAGUUCAG